AUGGAGGCCACGGAGGCCACGGAGGCCACGGAGGCCACGGAUACAACCUUCAGAAUGACGGUGCUUGGUGUGGCAGUGAUGUGGAAGACCGCCUUGUGUCUCGUAGUCAUCUUUCAAGUAUCUCAGUCUCAGGACGGCUUUUGCCCGGACGUAUGCUCAUGUACAGAUGGGGUGGUGCGUUGUUACUUGUAUGACCUUACGCAGUUCCCAAGCGAGCUGCCGGUCAACGCCGAACACCUAUCAAUCUUCCAGAUGGCCAUUAAUUCCAUUCCGCCAAGGGCGUUUGCCGACCUGCCACGACUGCGCCAACUCCGGAUAUACAACGGCCGGAUUGGCAGAAUCAGCCCAUGUGCUUUCUAUGGCGUCAACGGUCUGGAAAGUCUUUCCAUAUUCAACGUAGAACUCGGUACAAUCGACAAGUACGCCUUCAGCGAUCUCACCGACGUCGGCGAGUUCAACAUUUACACGUCGAACAUUGUGAACGUCGACAGCUACGCGUUCUACAACGUCAACAGCAUUCGCUCCUUCAACGUUCACACGAACAACAUUACUGUGAUCAACAGCCAUGCCUUCUACGAUGUUAGCAGAGUGGAAUCGUUUUUCCUGUACGGAAACAACGUCAGUACACUGAGGAAUUCCGCCUUCGCAAACUCUCAGAUAUCCUCCAUGAACAUGCAUACGAAUUCCAUAGAGAACCUCGAAUGCGGGACAAUUGAUUCUUUGAAAGCUAACAUUUCGUCGUCGUUCCAGUUCUACUCCAACCAGCUGUUCUGUGGUUGCAAUAUUGCCUGGUUGCUACAAGAGGAAACCAAACUACUAUUGUUGGAUGAUCGAGGACCUCUGAGGUGCUUCGGGCCCUCCGGUUUCACAACUAUUAACAAUAUACUUGACUUAAACGCCAACAUGUUACCGUGUGAUGGACAGGCUAGCAGACAACAAGCUGCACGGUGCAGUCCGCCAAGAGUUGUCGGACCUGCUCCGGUAUGUGGUUUGUCAAAUGGCCAACCUUUGCCUCCGGACUUCAUACCCGAGCCAACUACAGGGAGAGAGCGACAACAGACUAGGCCGCAACCGCCCUGGCGUAGAACCACAGUAAGACGUGUGACUACGACCACAACUCCAACAACAACAACAACACCGACGACUACGACCUCCACAACGACCACUACCACUCCCGUACCAACGACAACUACAACAACUACAACAACUACAACACCUGCACCAACCACUACAACUACAACACCUGCACCAACCACUACAACUACAACACCAGCGCCCACAACAACAACAACUACAACGCCUGCACCAACUACUACAACGACCACAACGACUACAACUACCACCACGACUACGCCGGCUCCCACUACGACUGCAACAACAACAACAACACCUGCACCGACGACAACCACAACACCCCCAUCAACCACAACUACAUCUGCUCCAACUACGACAGUAACAACAACGACAACCACACCUACUCCAACGACAACCACUACAACGCCUUCAACAACAACGCCAACUACACCCACACCUACUACUACAGUGACGACAACUACUCCUACACCAACGACUCCAACAACACCAACAACACCAACAACUCCAACAACACCCACCACUCCAACCACGACACCAAGUUCUGCUACAACCACUACCACAGAAACGUCCACGACAUCAACUAUAUCUACCACAGAAAAUUCUUCUCCUAGCUCUUCAACAACAACGACUGAGAGACGCCGCCCAACUCAGCCUGCCGGGGCAAGACAAAGGCCAGCGACUCCACCAGGCACCAGAGCCGGUGCCUCCGAGAGGGUGUCAGGUCAAACUGUUACCAGGGCACCAGGCACACCUAGACAACAAUCCACUGUUCCCAGGGCACCCCCAAGCCCAGCCACCCUGUCCAAUGUGCAGACGAUAACCACAACACCAUCAGCUCAACGCGCACGGACAAAUGCAACUACCCCACCUUCGACGUCCACAUCUCCUGUAAACAUCACAAAUUCUCAAGAAGCAAACUCAACGACCUCUACGCCAUUGAUUACAAACACGACUGCUUCAACAACAACGCCAGCUUCGAGCGGUAACCAAACCCUGACCAACUCAACGACGCUAAGCACAACGACUGAAAAUCCUUCGGAGUCGAAUUUUACUACCAAUCCUGCAUCAUGGAAUGCAUCUACAACAGACUCUUCUCAAAACACAACAGGGGAGUGGUCAACAACAGUGAAUUCCACCUCAUCGUCAGCUGUGACUAACCAAACGCUCUCGACGCCAAAUGGAACAGAGGCUUCCCAAGCACCCAGAACGAACUCGACAACAUCACUACCGGGCUUUGAUAAUGCCACAACACAAGAGACCGGCUGGACGUCUUCAAACGAUUCCAUCACAACUGAGUCAAACAACAACACUGCAUCGACUCUAGAAGCCCUUCAAGAGACCACUGUCACACUGCAGGAGAUUAUAUCCCGCCAGUCGUCUUCUGGAACAACUUGGACACAGACGGCGACUAGUGAAGACUACACGACUUGGCAAACCACAGAUUCAUCGUCUAUAACAGCCGGAGAGACGACGCAAAGUGCCCCACGCCUGGGAUCCAGUCGACGACCCCAGGAGAGUAACAACCCGCGGGCUCGGGGAAAUAGCUCGUCGGACCCAGACAAUAACCAGGUGGGUCAGGAAGACCCUCACGAAAUCGAAGGCAACAGUCCGCACAUCAAAGGUGAAGUAAACGAACGCAUUUCCAAGUCCAAGAGCGUCAACAGCACUAAUUCUACACGCGAGGAAAGCAGUUUAAAAGUGACGAAAGCACCGGACGACUUGAAGGAGGUAACCCUUGACUCCAAAUAUUCCACGAGUGCGCUGGAGUCAUCUUCUGCGGAUUAUUCCACUUCUGUCGUCACAACCGAUGAUUACUUAUCGUCACAAGUUACUACUCUCGAGGAAAAUCUAGAACAUCUUAAAAAUGAGACUGUAACAUUGAAACCAAAGCAGUGA